AGGCUUUGGUAAAUGUUCUCCCAAAAGUUCUAUUUCUGUUAAAAGAUCCCUGCCCGUGGGGCUUUUACAAUCCGUCAUAUUCUCCUUCGGCUUAUGCCACUCCGUCAAUUCGGUUCAUCUUAUCUCUUUAGCAAAGAUGGAAAAAGGAUCAAAGAAGUCGAUCCAAAAAAGGCGGUCGGCUAUCGACUUAAAUUUGAUUCCAGACGCAAAAUUCGACUAUGGAGGCGACAUGGAAAUGACGAACCUUGAAUAUGAAGAGAAUCAGGAGAAUGGACCGACCGAUGACGAGAUACGAGAAGAGGUUGCAAGAUACCCUCCCAAAAAAAUCGUCAGGAAUACAAGCAAUACCAGAUAUUACAGAAGGACCAAGUUUGGUGUCAGGUCAUUGAAAUUGAUUGAAGACAAAAACGAUACAUUCGAGUAUUGGUAUGCUGUUCUCACCGCGUGCAAGCCGAGAAGGCCCGAGUGCCUAAAGGAAACGGUCCGCUAUCUCGUGAAAAAAGUGAAACCCGACCAGCAACCCUCGGUGACCAUGCUCUACAGCGAAGUGAGAACUACUCUCUUGAAAAUACACGAAUAUCGCGAAAGUUCCAACUUUGAGUUUGAUGCCAGCACCUGGCCGAACAUCACUCUCCCAAAAUUCAGUCAGCUAGAAGCUCUUCGUAUAUACGGGGAUGGGAUACUCGGAUUUGGGACUUUGCCAAAUCAAAUCCAGCAUCUUCUCAAAUGCACCGGGCUUGUUUGGUUAGUCCUAGACAUCGCAUCUCGAAACCUUCCGCCUUUUUGGGAGGAUUAUGAAGAGGCUUUGAUGAAGCACCUGAUAGGCGCCAGUGAGCUUUCGGGUACAAAAGUGGUGGGCGAAAAAAUUUCGGCCGGAUUUGAAAUGCUGGUUAAGGCUAUCAACACCCAAACGACAUCACAAGAAAAGGCUAUUAAGCAAGUUUCGGUUGGCUUUACGACGUUGGCCGAUGCUAUUAACACCCAAACAAAAGCGAUAAAAACCCAAACGGAAGUAAUGGAACGUUUUCUUUCCCGGUCGGACCUUGCUAGAUCCGGUCGCAUGAUUCAGACAUCAUCAGAUGCAAAGCGUGACGAUAAUGAUGACGAGCUGAAUGAUGCUGAGGUACAAAUAGAAGACACUGGGUGUGAACGAGAUGGGGCUAAUGAUCCGAGUGGGAGGCCGAUAAAUGGUACAAAUGAUGAUGAUGGUGGCUGGGAAACUAAUAAUGGCAGUGAUAACGAUGAAGAUGAUGCCACAAGAACCCAGGAUCAAUUAACUUCUAAAAGAACGCAUUCUGCUACAUCAACUGGAAGAAUCGUUAGAGGGAAUGAUGAUGAGGUUGAUGUUGAUGAUGAAGAUGAAGAUGAUGCCAUAGGAACCCAGGAUCGAUCAGGUUCUAAAAGAAAGCAUUCUGCUACAUCAACUGGAAGAAUCGUUAGAGGGAAUGAUGAUGAUGAUGAUGUUGAUGAUGAUGAUGAUGUUGAUGAUGAAGAUGAAGAUGAUGCCAUAGGAACCCAGGAUCGAUCAGGUUCUAAAAGAACGCAUUCUACUACAUCAACUGGAAGGAUCGUUAGAGGGAAUGAUGAUGAUGAUGUUGAUGAUGCCAUAAAAACCCAGGGUCGAUCAGGUUUUAAAAGAACGCAUUCUACUACAUCAACUGGAAGAAUCGUUAGAGGGAAUGAUGAUGAUGAUGUUGAUGAUGCCAUAAAAACCCAGGGUCGAUCAGGUUCUAAAAGAACGCAUUCUGCUGUAUCAGAUGGAAGAAACAUCAAAGGAGGAAAGAAGAAAAAGUCCUAGUAAGGAGGAAAAGGUAAAACCAUAGCUUUAAGCAAGGUUUAGUGAUAUUCAACGAUUGAAUUUAAUUCCAUAAUUUGAAA